CUUGCCAAUCAUCUGCACUGCGCUGCGCACAGUAGAAUUUCGCACGCUUUUCUUGUAUUAUUAUUAGCUGACACAAACAAAAUAAAUAACAAUUUCCAUUAAUUAAAAAUGUGUGACGUUGCAACAGUACAGAAAAUUGCCAACUGUCUGGGCGUUAAACCCGGCAAAGUGCAGCUAAAUGAAGAGCAAGUCGUAACUCGCACAAGCGCCCAAAACAAAACUGUCGCUGGCUUUGCCACCAUACUAGAAAGCUUGGCCCGCGAAUCCAAAUCGGAGACAGCCCAGAACAGCACAGCAUCCAGGGAAGUGCAGGCACAGGUGUAUCAAUGGAUUGAGUUCGCUGUGCUCUACGUGUCACCCGGCUCCAAAGAUAAACAUGUGGCCAAGCAAUUGUUGAACGACUUUAACAAACUGUUUAUCAACAAAUCGUAUUUGGUGGGCCACUUCAUCACAUUGGCCGAUCUUGCUGUCUACUAUGCCAUUUAUGAUCUUGUGAAAUCACUUUCGCCGCUGGAUAAGGAGAACUAUCUGAAUCUAUCGCGUUGGUUUGAUCAUCUGCAGCAACGUCCGGACAUCCAUCAGGGCGAGCAAUUGCUGAACUUCACCACAAUCUAUCUGCACAACUGGGCUCAAGGAACUCAUGUUUAGAUUAUCAACUAAUGUGCUGAGCGGAUUCCAUUCAAAUCGCAAAUCGCAUUGAAAAACUUAAGUUAUUUAUUUCUAUUGAUUUUCACAUACAUCAAAUAUGUACAUUAAUGCCAAUGAAUUAAGCGCUGGAAUCGAAAAUAUCAUUUGCGUUAUUGUAGCCGUGUUUUUUCUUGAGUUUGAGAAAUAUAAUUACAAAUUAUUUGAUUCGAUUUGUAUGUAUGUUAA